GUUCUUCCCAGGUGGCAGGUAUCAAAGAAAAAUUCCAUCAAAUUCAAACUAAGGACAAUCGAACCGAAUGGCAUCAUAUUUUUUUGUGAAAGUGAUAGCAAUGCCAAAGUCGAGGGUUUUAUAAGCUUGGAACUACUAGAGGGUAAAAUUAGGAUGUAUAUCAAUUUUGAUUCGAAAACCGCCAUCACCGAAGCAAAAAGUCCUCGUUUGGAUGAUGGUGAAUGGCAUGAAAUCAGCGUUCAACAACACGGGAAAAAUGGUUCCCUCACCGUAGAUACUUUCAACACAGAAUUAGUCAUACCUG